AUGAACUCAAAGUCCCUGCGCCGUCUCGCAGCCGACCACGGCUCUCUGCAUACGGCUGGCCUCCCGCCUAAUUACCUGUUUGCGCCUGAAUCGGAAGACGCUGCCGACCUCACGUCGCUCGAUAUCCUUCUCGCUGGUCCCGUCGGCACCCCCUACGCAGGCGGUGUAUGGCGAUUGCACCUCGACAUCCCACCCACCUAUCCUGCCGCCCCGCCCACGGCACAGUUCAGGACCCGACUAUGGCACCCCAACAUUGACGAGGCGACUGGUGCUGUCUGUGUGGAGACGCUGAAGCGUGACUGGAGCAGCACGCUCAAACUUCGAGACGUACUGGUGACGAUAUCAUGUCUCCUCAUUCAACCGAACCCCGCCAGUGCACUGAAUGAAGCAGCGGGCAAGCUAGCCGUCGAAGACUGGGACGGAUACUGUAGGCGAGCAAAGCUCAUGACUGAGAUUCACGCCGCCAUUCCCAGCAGUAUCGCCAAGGAAGUCAGAGAAGCCCAAAUGCGAGGCGAAGAGCAGACGACUGAGCCCCAGCCCCAGCCUACGGCAAAAACUCACUCAAAGGGUAAAGAAAAGGAACGGACCAAGAUCACACCAGCGGGGCCUAGGUUACAGCGGCGCCCAUCCGAGGACGAAGAAAACAGGCGGCGCAGGGUUGCGACUCACGAUGCAGAGAGCGACCCAGAAAUCGACUGGAUACCCAGCCCUGUCAAGACAAGCAAAGUACCCGCUCACCAGGAAACCAACAUUUUCGGCAUCAAAGGCCUCGAGGACACCAUGCAACUCGACACACCACCCAAGCGCAUCUUCGCCGCCCAAACCAAGGCACUACCUGUCUCCAAGGACAAAGGAAAAGCCAAAGGACCCAUUGACGAUUCCGACCCCUUCGUCACCGCGCCGCCCUCCAAAUCAACUUCACGCCCCGUAACAAGAUCCUUUGACUUGGCCGCUCCUCCUGCCUUUGCUAGUAAUACACCAACACUACCACCAUCAAUAGAGCAAUCGAACCCCACUGAUGACAGCACCGCCACCUCCCUCCUUCUCCGCGACUUCUCCCUCUCAUGGCAAGACAGCCUCGCGCUGCACAAUAAUGAUACAGACGCCAAGAAGCGCAUUGCGAGCCCGGAAUUCGAGGCAAAAGCAAAGUGGGAAAUGAAGAGGCUUGGACAGGCGGGGUGUGACUUGAAAAAAUUUAAUCGUGGCGAGUUUGGGGCCAGAGUUGGGAUUGGGAGACUCUGA